GGCAUAGCGAGUGCGCCUUAUGUAAUGCCUGAAACACGCCUAUGGGGAAGUGUUCAUGCUCACCCUAGCUUUGUGUUAUAUCAUCUCUGUCAAGGUAACUUGUAUGUUCGCACAGCGAUAAGACACUUCUUCAUUCACUUCGACAACGGAAGAGCGGGAUAACAGCAGUCAGUAUGUUUGGAGCGGUGGUGGUCGGCAUUGGCACAGCCGGUUGGGUAAGGAUGAGAGACAUGUUGGCUCCGCUGCCUGGCAGUGCUGCAGAGAAACUCGCUGUCAGAGGAUUUAUAUCCAGGAGGAGCCUGGACUCUCAACAGGGAGUGAGUCCAAUAUCAAUAGAAGAGGCUGUGAGCAGAGAGGACAUACAUGUGGCGUUCAUCUGCACUGAGAAUGUGUCACACGAGGACAAUGUCAGAACCUUUCUGCAGGCAGGGAAACACGUCUGCGUUGAGUAUCCCAUGACCAUGAACUACAAGGCUGCUGUGGAGCUCUGGGACAUUGCCCAAGAAAAAGGAGUGAUUCUCCAUGAGGAACACAUUGAGCUGCUGACAGAAGACUACAAAGAACUGAAGAGAGAGGUAGAGGGAAAAAUCCUGCAGGAAGGUACUCUUCAUUUUACUGGUGGAGCUCUGAAGCCUGGAUUUGGUUUCCCAGCAUUCAGUGGCAUCGCUCGCCUCACCUGGUUGGUUGAGUUGUUUGGUGAGCUGUCAGCAACUGCAGCAACCAUGGAGGAGGACUCUGCUAACAACUACAGCAAGAUGACUGCAAAGCUGAUGACUUCUGACAACAGACCUCUGACGUGGAUUGAGGAACGGGGACCGGGCCUCCCCAGGGCCAAGAACAUCAACUUUGUCUUUGACUCCGGCACUCUGACCGAAAUCCCCCCUGCACCUAGAGGGGCUGUAGGCCUCUUCAUGCAAGACCUGAUCCUCUUCUCUGCUAAGGUGGUGGGCCAAGUGAGUCCAGAUGAGCUCCAGAAGGAGAAAUCAAGGAUCCUGCACUGCUCGAAAUUGGCAGAGAGGAUACAACAACUUUGCCAAAGCUAAAUGGGGACUCUCCAGUUUAGGAUCAUCCUAAAUCUGGAUCUCUUUCUAACAUGACUUUGUUUAUUUUUCAUCACCAUGCCAUUAAGUGUUUUUUUUGUAUUGCGGGUCGUAUAAACUUGGUAUUAUUUCAUCACAUCAGACAUAAUAACUGAAGCUGAGUCACUGAACUGAAUAACACUCUAACAUAUUUAGACAUUGGUGCCUGAAAGUAAAAUGUUGUGACUACUGAAAAUUAGAGAUGGGAAUUGAUGAGAUUUUAUUGACACUAAUACCAUUUUCGAUGCUCAUGAUCAUUCAGAUUCUUGAUCAAUUCUCUUAAUUAAUCCUGAUCAAUUUUCUGUGUGAAAAUGUGAGUAUAGUAUAUUGCUGGUGUGAAAUGCAGCCACGCUUCAGAGUGUUUCUUUAUCUCCACCAUGACUCCUUCUUGUUGCAAGUUUGCAGCCGUGUAGACACAAGUUGUGUUGUGUCAUUGUUUUUGAAUGUGCAACUGUCAAAAAAUUAGAUUAAUUAGAUUUAAGGAACUGAUCAACUCAGAGGCAUAUAAUUCCGAUGGAUUGGACAAUUUGGAACCAGUGCAGGUACCAGAUGUGCCCUGCUUGGCAGAUCUGCUAAGGGUCAUAAUCAAUACUGUAAAUGUAAUUGGCCUAUAGAGCAGGUCUCAUCCACUUAGUGUAUCAUCAUAAACAGUUGUUUGAUAAAUAUAAUAUUUUUUAACUUGGCAACACUAGCUGACUUACUGGAAGUCUUUUUUUUUUUUCUCUGCUUGUUUUAAAUAUGUGUUUCAGCACAGGGCCUUUGACAGUGGGUAACAGCUAGCACUGUUUGGUCUGAUCCAGGAGCGCAAAGCAGUGACAUUCAAUACACUCCUACCCAAUCAGUGUUCAUUUUGACAGAUAUUUUAGUUUUAGUCUUUACCCGCCCAGCCGGGCCAGCUUACUAGAAAAUAUUACAGGUUUGGGAGGGCAAAGCAGCAUUCUGACCUUCCUCUUUGUAACUUUCUCUUAAAUAGUCCUCACAUGUGCAGUAUGCUGUGUGCUGUGCAUUCAAACAAGUACAAGUACAAUAAAGAACAUGUUUGGAA